AUGGACAAAGUCUCCUGGUCAACUUUCCUUUCUGAAUCCUAUGACCUCCUCUGGAAGUUGUUCAUUCGACCACCAAGGUCUGAGUACCUCCUCUCAGAUCUGGGGCCCAGCAAGUUCCGCAUCCAAUCGCAGAUCUACUGCCGUGAGGAUUUCCACUUGAGAAAUGCCCGGGGCAUGCGGCUGGCCUGCAGCCUCUUUGGUUCCUAUCCCAAGAAGCCCAUGUCCUCGACGCCGUGCGUGAUCUACCUGCAUGGCAAUUGCUCCUCCCGGGCAGAGGCGCUGGACGUUCUGCAGGUCGUCCUUGCGAAGAAUUUCCGGCUUUGCUGCAUGGAUCUUUCCGGGUCCGGCCAGAGCGAGGGGGAGUUCAUCUCUCUUGGAUGCUUCGAGCAGUUCGACCUGCAGGUCUUGAUCCAGCACUUGCGCAGUGCAGGGUCACGGCUACUGGGCGUGUGGGGAAGGUCCAUGGGUGCGGUGACUGCCAUCCUUCGGGCAGCAGAGGACCCCGGGAUCAGCGCACUGGUGCUGGACUCACCCUUCAGCAACCUGCCCAUGGUGGCGCAGGAGUUGGUGCAAAGCCAGGUCGGCCUUCCCGAGUUCCUGGUGACACUGGCGCUCAGCCAUGUUCGCAGCGAGAUCCAGGAGCGCGCGCACUUCGACAUACAGGAGUUGCAGCCGAUCCGAAGUGCUCCUCGAGCAAGGUCACCCGCCCUCUUCGCCGUAGCCGAAGACGAUGACUUCGUGCUGCCACAUCACACGCGCGACCUGCAUGCCGUCUGGGGUGCCGAAGCAAAGCUGGUGACCUUCAAAGGUGGCCACAAUGGAUCCCGACCGAAGUGGUACCUGGAGCAGGCUGCAGACUUCCUGGCUGAACGGCUGGUGGACACCCUGCCCACAGCGCCCAGCCCGGGGCCAGUCUUCAAGCGCUCGCCCAAGGAGGAGCUAGCGCCAGCUCUGAACUUGGAGGAGGACCCGCUGCCCCCACCGCCCCCGCUGUCGCCGGCUGCAGUUCCUGCAGCCCGGGCCGAUGGGGCGCUGCUGACAGCUCAGCUGAUGGAGAUGGGUUUCAGCCAGGACGUCGCCCUGGAGGCCGCGCGGCACUUCGGCCCCACCGGCUCCACCGAGGAGGCUAUGGAGUGGGCCCUGGAGUCCACACAGGUGGCCAAGGAGUCUGUCCAGGCCCUGGGGUCGCUGGCAAAGAGGCUUGCAAAGGAGCGGCCGCAUGUCCCUCUGCGGGCCAUGCGGGACGCUGACCUCUCCGUGGAGCCUCUGGCAUCAGAGACCUCGUAUGUGUCUCCCCAAGUCGAGGCGGCCAGCGCGGCCGCUGGGAGGGCACUGGAGAAGAAGCUCGGGAACUUGGCCGUGCUGUCAGAGCUCACGGGACGCUCGCUGCGCUCUGCUGACAACGAUGGCAAUGGGUAUCGAGGCGAACAAUCGCCGAUUGUGGAGCAGCUCCUCGCGCUGGGCUUCCCUCUGCCCCGUGCACGGGAGGCCGCGGCGCGGUGCUCCACGGUCGAGGGUGCCGUGGCCUGGCUGACGGAACCCGAGGCUUAG